AUGGAAAUCAUUACAGAGAGGUUCUACUCGAACCUUUUCCGUUCAUCAACUCCUGUGUCAAGCCCGAUCAUCCCUACUGGUGAUCAUCCCAGCUCCACCACUGAUUCUCCCUUCGGAAAGGAGUACGCUAUCAAGAGCAUGAAACCUGGGACUGCUCCCGGUCCUGAUUUUAUAUCAGCAUACUUUCUUGGGACUAGUGGAAGACCUCGCGAAUCGUUCUUAUCCAUAAGAAAGGUGACCGAUAGUACCUUCGGAACUACCGUCCGGACGCCGGAUGAAGCCCAGCCUCAAGAACGAGCUGGAUUCCUUCAGGGAUUCAGCUGCUUGGACCACAUCCAGACCGUGUCGAGGGUCAUAGAGGUUUGCCGGGAAUACCUCCUGCCCCUUGUUCUAACCUUCGUCGGCUAUGAGAAAGCCUUUGACAGCAUAGAAACGAAUGCAAUACUGCCAGCGCUGGUCGAUCAAGGUGUGGACACGUCGCAUGUGAGGACAUUAGAUAAUUGCUACGAUCGAUGCACGACUAGGAUACAGCUUUUCCACCGCCCUCUCAUCACCAUACCCACUGGAAAGGGGGUACGACAAGGCGAUACUAUAUCGCCAAAGCUGUUUACGGCUGCAUUGCAAUGA